ACUCGCGUCCCGCGCCGCGCUCUCGUGUCAGUUCCGCCCGCGACCGCCGCGCCGCGCCACCGUCGCUCCACGCUCCCGUCCCGACACACUUCUCGCGCCAUGGGCAAGGCUGUAGAGGCCAAGGCCAUGCUGGGCCUGCAGGACAUCACGGACAACAGGAACAUCUGGCGCAUGCUGGUGGCCGAGUUCCUGGGCACCCUGCUGCUGGUGCUGGUGGGCUGCGGCAGCACCACGGCGCACUGGAGCGAGGGCUACUCGCCCAGCGUGGUGCAGAUCGCGCUCGCCUUCGGCCUCGCCGUCGCCACCAUAGUCCAGGCGGUGGGCCACGUGAGCGGAGGCCACGUGAACCCGGCCGUGACCUGCGGUCUGCUGGUGUCGGGCCACAUCAGUCUGCUGAAGGCCGUCUUCUACGUGGCCGUGCAGUGCAUCGGUGCCGUGGCGGGCGCCGCUCUGCUCAAGGCUGUCACCCCCGAGGAGACGGUGGGCUCGCUCGGCAUGACGACCAUCAGCCCGUACAUGUCGCCACUGCAGGGGCUGGUUGUGGAGGCUGCCAUCACCUUCGUGCUGGUGCUGGUGGUGCACGGCGUGUGUGAUGACAAGCGUGGCGACCUCAAGGGCUCAGCGCCGCUCGCCAUCGGGCUCUCGAUCUCCACCUGCCACCUUGCUGCUAUCCAGUACACGGGCUCCAGCAUGAACCCCGCCAGGACCUUCGGUCCGGCCGUCAUGACGGGCGCGUGGACCAACCACUGGGUGUACUGGGCCGGCCCCAUCGCGGGAGGCGUGCUGGCCGGGCUGACCUACAGGCUGCUCUUCCAGGCGAGCAAGGGCGACGACGAGGCCAGCUCGUACGACUUCUGAGCCCCCGCCAUGUUGUCCGGCUGCCAGCCCUUGCAGCGAGUGCUACUAGGAACUGGAUCCGUCCUCGUGAGGAACGUAGCAGUAAAUGUUCAUAGUCUCACGAUAGUCGUAGUCCACCUGAACCGGCAUGUGGGAAGAACUGUGCGGAGACUUGCUUCAAGAAGGACUCCGCUGCACUCGACCUUGUGUGUUAACCUUCCGUCCGCAGCGCUGAGACAGCCCUCGUGCAGAGAGGCUGGUUGACACGCGUGCUAGUUUGUUUAGUCAGAGAGACAUGUCGCUCAUCUGCCACAACUACUUGUCACCAAGUUUCAUCUUUAAGAAUACAAAUCCAUCUUCAGCCCACGAGAUAUUUCACUACAAUCUUCACAAGUCAAACCAUCACUACCAAUUUUUACAUUGUCAAUACUUUAUUUUCCAUUUAACCAAUACUUGUAGUUGUUUUCUUUGUACGUGUGGAUGCCUGAUUCUUUAGAGAGUAUUUGGGUUUCCUGUGCAAGCUCACUUCACUAGGCAUGUACGUGGCCUUGUCCCUUGCGAAGAGAGACCCUGACCAGUACAAUCGUCCCUAGCCUUGCUGGGCCACUUGCCGCGUGCCUCUAAGGAAUGAGCGCAAGUGCAGGCUGUAGCGAGGUUAUAACAGCAGUGGGCAGUGCACCAGCUAGAGCUCCUGCUAUAACUGGCAUCCACCAGAUUGUACACACAGAUCCACCCAUGUGCCACUCCCUCAACAGGGUGCAAUAGGACCGAUCGCUCACUGCACCCUCGAUUAGCCACAAAUACCACAGAAAAAGAGGCUUAUAACUGCAAUGAACUUCAUUCAGAUCAUGGAAGGUUUCAAGGUGGUCUAUAAAAAAAGGUUUAUUGAAGAAUUAAAAAUACCAUGUAAGUACAAACUUUAUCUGCCAAAUCAUUCUCUCUCUAGGAUGUUUUAAGAUACACAUCUCUGCAAAUAGUUUUGAAAUAUAAGUAGUUAGUGAUUGUAUUGUUAAACUUAUUAGGUAGUAUGACGGCAUUUUAUAAACAAUUUUAUAUAGCAAGCCUACCAGAAGCUUUAUUAGAUACAGUAACUCAUUAUUUCUUACAUUAGAAGAUAUUGAAGCCAAAAUAUAUGUGAAGUGGUUUAAGGAGUAAUUUUAUUGAGCAAGUGUGUUUGCGACUAAGAAAGAGUAGGUAAUAUUGAACUCAUUAUUACUUUUAACUUAACCAAUACCUAGUUUUAAAUAUUGUUAUUCAACUUGAACAGCAGGCCAUUUUAAUGUUCACACCAUGGCAGUCCACAAACAGUUGAUAUUCAACCUUCAAUAUAAGAAAAAAAAUUUUUUUAACAUUGGCAACAAAUUCUUCAAGCUCUUUUACUGUAUAAGUGAAGGCAGUAAUAAAAAUAUUAGCACACAUAUAUCAACAAUCUGAAAAAAAAAAUUACACUAAAAGGAAAUGCAUAAAUAAUUACACGUAGGUACCUACAUAAUGGCUGAAACUAAUAAAAAAAGUAGCCAGUCAUGGGAACUGUCAACAGAAGUGAAAACGUAAAACUUUGUUUUUAAAUGUGUAAUAUGACAUCAUUUCUACCAAAUGUACGUAAGAAAAUGAUUUUGGUAUUAUAUCAGUACGAUGUCAACAUGAUAUAAUUUAUCCUUCAUCAUUUUUUAGUCACAACAGAUGUCAGUGGUAUGUAAAAAUUCAUUACCUAGCUAUGACUUACCAGUGAUGUUAGACCUAGGUCAUGUAUUCACGUAGUCAAAUUAACUUAACUUACUGCUACUACAGCAUGUCGGUGACACGAACCCAUAAGUUUUGCCGCUACCACAAAUCGCUCAACGCGGCUAAAGAAGUUUUCACUUCAAAAAGUAAUGCAAAACCUUGCACAUAUGUUUGAACACAUGAUAGACCAGCACUCACAGAAAGCUGUGGAACAGCUGCACUGUGGCCGCUCCACUGAGCUCAGGACAGCAACAAGCGAGCAUAGGCCAGGACGGGCGGAAUUUUUCUUUUAUAUAUAUAUUAUGUGGCCUACAGCUUUCGCCAACAGCCAGAGGGUCAUUAUAUUCAGUGUGAAUUCAAAUUUCAACUCGUUAUCCAAUAUCAGAAUAUUUAUGGCACACCCAUGCCUUACCCGGGACUCGAACCCAGGACCCCUAGCACCGUAAGCCGGUGUGCAUCCGACUACGCUACGGAGAUCGGCGGACGGGCAGAAGUGUGUGUGUGCAGGUCGCAGCCCUCUGACCUCUCUCAUGGCAGUUCUCAUGUUCAGUCACGUGCCAUUUUCUGUAGAAGGUUCCCUACCAGGUGGAAAUUUAAUUUGGUCAGACAAUCUUUGGUUGGUGUUCUAUUGAUGACAUGUCAGCUUGAGCUGUGAUUCAAUUCAAAACCGAAUUACGUAAUAACACAAAAUAUUCAUUUCACAAAGUACUAGGUAAUCACCACAAAAAGUGAACUCCGCAACAGAAGCUGCGAGUGCAGUAUCGUAGGACCCCACAGCUGCUUGUACACAGGCUGAAACAAGCAGUUCUGGUGGAAUCCUUAUCGAAGCCCUUGAGUAGGGCUUUACUCUCGGCUACACCUAAGUUCCUAGUAAACACCUUUUAACUGCUGGCCACAAGCAAAUGCAAAAACAUAUUUUAUUAUUUUUCUCUUGCAUCCCCCGUGCUUCUACAAGAAAUCUCUGCUACUUUCAAGCAGCAAGAAUGCCAAACUGCCUGAAUUACAGUCUUUAUUAGAAUCAUUUAUAACGGCUGGGUUUACUUCCUUGCUUGUAGCAAUGUUCUCUUAAUCUAUCACACAUAUUACAUAUCUUAUAAUGAUUAGUGUAAUGUCAGGAACAAUACCACAUUGUAGGCAAAUUAGUAGCACGCUAAAUAAACAUUGAUUUACAAUAUCACAAGUAACCGUAUGUGAGAUAAAAAUACUCCCAGAAACUUCCGUCAUAUAAAGUAACUAAGAGUUUAAACUAUGAUAAAUAUAGUUUCUUACAUUUCCUUUAAAUUAUGUUUAUAAAAAUAAAAUAAAUACAAUACAAAUUAAGUGUCCAUAUAGUAUAACCUUAAAUUUACAUUCUCCUCACUUACACUGGUAUUUUUGUUUCCUGACAUUCCGGUUACUUACACAAGAAACUGUGCUUCUUCUUCUUCUUGCUGUUAGUUCUUUUUUAUGGUGCUAACUAAGAGCUGAAAGGGAGACACUUUGUUUACAAUUUAUGUACUAUUAACUAUUACAUGUAUCCAUGAUGUACCGAAACAACAGUUUUACUUAAGACCAUUCUUUCAUAAUGUAGCACUGCAGUUACACUAAUUUACUUUUCCUGCAUGCAUUUUUUCAUGUCGAGUACAGAUCUAAAGAGGUACACUUUUUUUAUAUGCCUUACGUAUGGCAGUGAUAAUUAAACACUUUGAAUGUGGAUUUAAAUAUCAUAAACAUAAAAUCCACUCCCAAAUCAUUAAAUUAAUUUUUUAAGUUCAUUUCCAUUUUAUUUAUUUUCAAAGAUUCUGAUUAAAAAUUAAAACAACAAAAAAAACAACAGAGAAACUUCAAAAAGACAAUACUAUAGUGUUUCCCUUCAUUUGCACUUACCUGGUUGCCGAAAUUGUAUUCUAAGUCAAAAAAUAAUAAUUUUCUGUCUCACAAAAAAAAUUUUCAUGUACCUGCACUCUGGAUUAUCAACUGUCUUUACAUGGAAGGAGCGUAUAUAAAUCCUUCACUACUAGACAAUGGCUGUUUUAGUUGCUUACUAUAUAUUUCCUCAAUAAAUUGUGAACCGAAAGAAAAAAAUUAUAAUAAUAAUAAUUAGCACCCCUAUCACGAACAAUAUGUAUUGUAUUUCUAUUCUAUUCAUUCUUCAUUAAUAUUUCACAAGAGCAUAGUCAACAGCUUAGAUCUUGCAUUUCAUAUUCAUCCCUGCCACCCUGCAUUGACUGUCUGCUGUAUAACUGCCAACCAAUGAGAAGCCUAGCUCCUUACCUACCAGGUAUGUUACUAGUAGUUGACUCCCUUCUCCUGCUCACUAUAAAAAUGUUUUCAGAGACUUUUUAUGCUAGGAUUCGGUGUUAUUCAUUUAUAAAAACCACUUUAUUCAUUUGUACUUAAAGCACCAUAUCACAAAAAUGUACUCAUAUAUAUGAAAAAUAUGUCUUUAUCAAAAGUGAUGACAGUUAUACAAUGUAUAGUUUUUAAAUAUUUUGCACAUAUAAUAAUGUACAUACUGUACCUUUGAGUAUUAUUACCUAGGUUUUCUUGGUGUUUUAGUAUAGUCUUAUACAACUAGUACACUUAUUUAUUUCAUAGAUAUUUAUUGUUGGAAAAAUAUGUAUUAUCUUCUUGAAAAUGUUUUUAUGAAAGAUUUUAAACAAGUGUUUGAAAAAACUACUAUCUAAAUGUAUCUUUGUAAAUAGUUAUUUCUAGAUAUUGCUAGAGUUCCCUGUGAUUUUAAAGAAAUAAAAUCUUAUAAAAUUA